AUGGAUGUGAUGGCCGAUAGCUUGGGCAAGACGUUUGUGGAGAAUACAAGCCUCAUUAAAGAUUUUACAGCUGACGGAUGUAUAGAGCGUUGUGGAUACAGGGCGACAUGUGUACAAGGUGUCUGUGGUUGUAUUGAAGACUCAGAUAUCCCGAUGUCUUUGCGAGAUGGGUCGCUUCAGUUUUGUCUACAUAUUGAUGAGUGUACGGAAAAUCCAACCACAUGUGGUAACAACUCCGUUUGUACAAACACGAUGGGCAAGUACACAUGCGCGUGUGCGGAGGGAUACAGGCAAAGAAAGAAUGAAGAGGUGGGAUGCAGUCUGGUUGUUACUGCCGCAGCUGCAUCUACAGCCGCAGCUGCAUCUACACCCGCAGCUGCAUCUACAGCCGCGGAUUCCUCAACGUUGACGAUCGGUCUGGCAGUAGGUAUAGGCGGAGUGGGUCUUCUGGCUGUGGUCGCCCUAGCUGUUGUUGUCGUCAGGAGAAAUAUGAGCUCAAGGAACGCCACAACAAGCCAUAACACAGACCACUCCUAUCAAAAUGUCAUUGGUUUGGCAGUACCGGACAGGGCCAGGCGCAGUUAUGGCACAGACUAUGGAGCUGUUCCAGAACCGGGAGUGUCAGCGGCUAAUCAGGGACCUGGAUCUGCUGCUGACGUCUCUACCCGUAGUACUGUCCCUCCCUACGAGAACAUCAGUGAAGAGAGCACGGCACGGCCAAGCAACGCUUCAAGUGGAAUCUACACCUCUGCCAGAACGCCGGAGAUCUCUGAAACUUUAUACACAACUCUGACACAACCUGAAAUGUCAGCGGUUGAUCAGGGACCUGGAUCUGCCUCUGACAUCUCUACACGUGACAGUGUCGACCCCGUGCGAGGCCAUAAGCGAGGAGACCCAAGCACGUACGAGCAAAGUUUGCGAAACUUCAUACACAAAUCUGACACAACAUUUUAA